AUGGGGUACAAGAACUCCCCCACCUUAUCUGGGAACCAGCUGGUGAAGGAGCUGGAGAUUUGGACCAAAGAAGGGCAGGUACCGAGAGAUCAGUAUCUCCUGUUGCAGUAUGUGGAUGACAUUCUGAUAGCAACAGAAGAAAAAACAACUUGUAUAAAGGUAACAAUUGAAAUUUUAAAUUCACUGGGCAUGGGAGGAUAUAAAGUGUCCAAGGAAAAAGAACAAAUUGCCCAGCAGACGGUAAUUUAUCUGGGAUUCUUCCUUGGAAGGGCAGGAUGGUGCCACCUGUGGAUCAUGGACUUUGGGCUAAUUGCCAAACCCAUGUAUGAAGCUCAGAAGAUGCAGCCGUUUGGCUGGGGCAAGGCACAGAAAGAAGCCUUCCUAAAACUGAAGGAAGCACUGAUGACUGCACCAGCGUUAGGAUUACCUGAUUUGUCUAAAGACUUUCAAUUGUUUGUACAUGAAAGGCAGUGCCUGGCACUGGGAGUCCUAACCCAACAUCUGGGAAGCUGGAAAAGGUCAGUAGGCUAUUUCUCCAAACAGCUGGAUAAUGUAAGUGCCGGGUGGCCUGCGUGUCUGAGUCUGCGGGCAGUUGCAGCCACUGUAAUAUUGAUACAAGAAGACAGGAAGCUCACGAUGGGAAGAAACAUAGAUGUCUAUGUGCCACAUAUGGUAACCACUGUUUUAGAGCAAAAGGGAGGCCAUUGGCUAUCCCCAAGCAGGAUGGUAAAAUUCCAGGUGAUCCUGACCGAGCAGGAUGAUGUCACACUAAAAACAACUAACCUUUUGAAUCCAGCUUCAUUUCUAGGCACCACAACCGAAGAAGGCCCACUAGAGCAUGAUUGUGUGGAAGUGAUAAAUUACACCUACGCAGCGAGAGAAGAUCUGAAAGACGUCCCGAUGGAGCAAUCGGAAUGGGAGUUAUUCACAGAUGAAAGCAGCUUCAUGGAAGAUGGAACCCGAUACGCUGGAUAUGCGGUAACAACAGUCAGUACAGUAGUAGAAGCAAAGGCACUACCACCAAAUACAUCUGCCCAGAGGGCAGAAUUAAUUGCCUUAACCCGAGCAUUGGAAUUGAGUGAAGGGAAAAAG